UCGAUAUAGUUUGUCGUAUCGAUUUAUAGACCUAAUCACAUCUUUCGUAUGGUCUAUGUUUAAAAAAAUAACAAUAUUGGUUAUGUUUUUUGAACAUUGUGCAUCUUCAAUGUACCGGCAAAUAGUUUCAAAUAUUCUAGCUCCAAAUAAGGCAGUGACAUCAAAUAUAAUACGAUGUACUAGUUUCUAUAACAAAUUAUCUGCUGAAGAUAUAUGGCGUGGAGUUACAUCUGUAAGCAAUGCGGGAAAAAAGAGAGGAAGGGGAAAAGGCUCUGGUAAAAGAGUAGCAAAAGAUCUAAACAGAGGCCAAACGAUAGGAGUCGGGAGCAGAAAUUUUGUGUGGCCUGGACUGAAUGCACCGAUUGUUCGUGGGAAAACUUUAAUUCAACAAGAGAGUUUAUCUGAUGUUAAUAAUACGGAUCGAAAUAUAUACAAAAUUCGAGACCUAAUGAGCACCUAUCGAAUUGCAAAGGUGAACUCAAUCGAUCGGGGAUGGUCUGGGGCAAAAAUGCCGGGUCGUAGCAUAGGACCUCCAGAUGCGAUAAGCGAAGAAAUGUUUGGAAAUUUUGAUACACGAGUGCUUGAAAAUAAAAUUGUCUUUAUUAUGAAAGGAAAUAUGGGAAGAAAACGACGAUACUCCGUUUUUUCAAUCACAGGAAACAAACAAGGUUUAGCUGGCUUUGCAGUAGCGAAAGCUCCUGAAGUUCGUACUGCCUUAAGAAAAUCGAAAAAUCGCGCUGCCCAAAAAGCAAUAAAAAUAGAAUUGUGCGAUCAACAUACGGUAUUUCAUGAUUUUUCAUGUGCAUUUGGGCAAACUAGAAUUUUCGUGCAAAGAAAACCGGAAGGAUAUGGACUUGUUUGCCAUCGUGCGAUAGAAACUAUUUGUAAUGUGAUUGGAAUCCGAAAUUUACAUGCUAAAAUAGAGGGAUCCACAAAUUUGCAACACAUUGUAAAAGCAUUGUUUUUGGGAUUAUUGCAGCAAAAAACCCAUGAAGAAAUUGCAAGAAAAACAAACUUACUUGUUAUAGAAUUUCGUAAUGAAACUGGUCUACAUCCGCGAAUUAUUUCAAAACCAGAAUCUUGUAAAACAAAUAAAGAUCUAUUGCAAAACGAGGUUCUCGAUUAUAAUCAAUAUGUUUUGGACGACAAAAUUAUUUUGAAAAAAAGUAAAUUUGCUCCAUUUUAUGUAAAAACCAAUGGCUACAACUUAUAUUUACAAAGAAAAGAACAAGUUCGUAACCAGGACAAGGUUCGCGUCAAUAUGAAAGCAUUUGAUAAUGAUCUCCACAAAGCAGUUGACGAAAUUUCUUCAUAAUGUUAAUAUUUGAUUAUUCAGUCAUUAUAAUAAUAAACCUUUUUGUUAUCAUUCAAUAAUCAUAUUUUUUCGGUACUAUAACAGUUCAUAUAACUUGUGAUUAUAAUAAAAAUUGAAAUAUCUUCCACACAA